AUGAACCUCGCCGUCUUUGAUUGCUCCCCGUCGUACUAUUUUGUCGCAGAUGGGUUGAGAUGGGGCACUCUCAACCAAGGAUGGAAUGUCACCCUACACGACCAUGAGGGACUUGAUGCUUCAUUCAUGGCUAACCGCGCUCAUGCAGUGUUAAAUGGCAUUCGGGCUACCUUGCUGUCUAGUGAUUUUACAGGCGUUGACCGCGGUGCUGCAGUGGUCAUGAUGGGAUACUCGGGAGGAAGUUCGCCCACAACUCUAGCGGCAGAGCUCAAAUCAACAUAUGCGCCGGCGUUAAACAUUAUUGGCACUGCUGUAGGAGGGCUACUGCCGAGCCUCCAGAGCGUUUAUCCCACACCUUCACGCCUAAUGCAUCAAAGUCUCAGUCGCAAUACCACCAGAAAGAAGCAGUUCGAAGAGUUUCGGCCGAUGUGUAGUGAACAGCUACGCAGCACGCUCGUUUAUGAAAAGAUCGCUUCCUACUUCCAGAGAAUGGAAUUCCUCAACAGCCCCGAUAUCCAGGAGAUCUUCAGCAACAACAGCCUUGGUCAAGACGUCCCCGCCAUGCCAAUGUUCGUCUAUAAAAGUAGACAUGACGAGGCCAGUCCCACAGUGGAUAGUGAUAACCUUGUGUCCUGGUAUUGUAGGGAGGGUGCAAGGAUCCACUAUCGCAUGCAAACGCAGGAAUCACAUCGAUAUUUGGCGCUGACUGGAAUCUUGCAGGACCUAGCCUGGUCCAAGGAGAGGUUUAAUGGCUUGGUGAUGCCUGAGGGUUGCCAGAAUUCCAUCCAUUCCUUUGCAAGCACGGAUUUCGAUGCGCUUGCCUUCCUAGGGGAGACAGCUGUCGGCGCAAUAGAAAGACAACUCGGUGUCGAUUUGCCAUCGCUGAUCAUAUAA